AUGAAUGAGAGGCAGCGCGGAGGCACGGUGAGCGCGCAGGAACUUCCACAUGAAAGAGAGAGACGAACGGAGAACAAGCCAGAAAAUGUUCAAUCAAGAUUUCACUCAAGGUUUUACACUCGUGGACGGUGGUUCAUGUGUUUCUCCUCCUUGCUCUGUCUGUUCGGUGGAAACAGUCAGCUAAAAGUUGUUCAUGCUCCAAAUAUAACCGCUUGAAAACUUUUUGGCCAACUUUCCGCAUGUGCUGGACUCCUCCGCAGCACAAGCGAGCUGACUGUGGGCACGCUUCACGUCACCGCUCUCCUGAGCGUGGGACAUCCUGUGUUGGUGAGGGGGUCACGUGAUCCUAAAAGACCCUGCAAUUUGGUAUAAAGACCCCCCUGUUCGAGGAAAGAUCUGCGCCACUUUUGCACACUGCACCUUUUUCUCAGCAGAAGUUGCGGUUACUGCAGGUUAAGAUUUCUCAAACAUAGAUGCUGAUUUUGAAUUUUGUCAUGACAUUAGAAAGAAAUCAUGAUUAUUUUUUAACACGUAUUAAACUGAACUUUCAAAUGGCCUGUCUUGAUUUUCAGUCUGAGGGUAAAUACUGGCUAUUAUAAACAUUUUAGACGACUUAAAGGGAUAUUCCGGCAUGAAAGUAAUUUACGGUCAAACACAUCGUAACACCAGUUAGACACCCCCUCGAAAGAUGAAUGUCGACCGCUUGCUUCUCUAGUUAUACCAACUUUAGUAACGACCGCACGAUAGCAAUACACAGCAGUCUGAGGAGCCAUAAACAAACCUCAACCAAAAUGCCACUCUUUAGCCACAAAUAAUGCUCAGAACAGCACCUAACUUCAUCAACAGUACAUAUAGGGUCCCAGCCACCAAACAUCCUUUUAACUUUGCCCGAUUUCUUUGGCAAAGAGACUAAACACAACUCACCUACUCUCUUCCAGCAGCCGCUUGUUUGUAGCAAGACCUUGGGCCGGUCCAGAAAAAAAAGGGAAAAAAGCACUUUUGCCUAAUAGGCGAGGUCAGUAACAUACACCAUUGUUCAAGCUUCAGCCCUUUCAAUCAUCACCCCAUUACCUCCCUUAUCAUUAGAGUGAGAAGAGCAGUUACAACACGCUCCUCUUUCCACAAAAAUACCAACUAUUCCAAAAAUGUGCAGCGUUUAUGCAUCACUUUGGUGUUGAUUUUUAAAACUUAUAUGCCUGCAGUCAUCCUGUUUGGAUUUUUAUACAGUUGAAGAGAUCUUUCCUAUACAGGCCUUAACCAAAGUCAAACUUUUGAAGGGUCAUGAUGGUGCAUGGCGGUUGGAUUACUGUGAACGAUAGUUUCAGAAAUUGGAUAUUGUACAAACUGUGUCAGUAACAUGGCUCUGUAUGUUAACAGCAUCUUUUUAUUCCCAGCAUACAAUAAAAAAACACAUGAUGCUCUUUUCACAUUCAAUAUCCACCUCUAUCUUUUCACCACUUGAGGGCAGCAUUGUAAAGAACACUGAGUAUCACAGCUGUGUCAAAGGGGCCGGUCUGAUAUAGACUUACUUUUACCUAAGUAUACAUUUUAUUUUACUACAAAUUUUUGUUUUAUUUCAAUUUCAUCUAGUUAAAUGAUGCAGCCUGUAUGUGUGUGUUAUUAUACAGUAAUCCAUUUUGAAGGUGCUUCAUGUAAGUUCCAUUGCUCCAAGUGGUGUCUAUUGGCCUAUCACACUGACCUAACAGCUCACUUGAUAUCCUGCAGGUGGUUAUUGCAGCCUGUUAGAUUGCUUUGGUACUGUAGCCACGAGUCCCAUCUUUUUAAAGGUCUCUGCAGGAUCCAUGUCCACUCCGCUUGUGUCCUGAGCUUUGUAAAAUAAAAGGGCUGUUAACCCACAGUAUGCUCUAUGUGCAGAGAUUAAAGGAGUGACCUAGUUUUGGAGUGGACCAGGACUAAAAGCAAACCUCUGCCCUUGGCAGACCAUGCUAGAGAUUAUUAUUAAUAAUCCAAAAUGGUAAAGCUGAAUUGGGUAUCUCGACAACAGGUGCUCAAGCAGACAGAGUGAUCCUGCAGUGACACAAGUACUGUAUACUACAAAUUAUUCCAAGUUCCCCUUUCUAUUUUUGACUUGGUGAGUACCCAUUUUUAAGGGCUUGUGUUGUAUUUUGAAAAGCAAUAGCAAAGCAGUAUUUCGUUUCUUCUACAAGUGGACAUGCAUGCUGGGAUCAUUUUGUGCAUCAAGCAAACUGUUUAAAAACACACUAAAAACACAACAAUUAGUCAGUGAGUGAUAUUCUAGAUAUACAGAUCAUUGAUACUUGUAUAAUUCUGAUAUUUAUUUGUAUUUAAGCUUGGGGCUCAGUAAUCCAAAGUGUCCAUGAUCUCUUAGAGAUUUACUGUCAUUUGAUAGUUGACAUGUCCAUCUGACAGUUUUCCAGACUGGCACGUUUCAGAAACAUGUUAACAACUGGAGCCAAAUUAAUUCUACUUGCAGAUUUCUUAGUCAACAUUGUGUCUUGAAAAGUGUCCAAAAAAGUGCGCUAAACUCUAACCACCCAGUGUAAUCAUACACUGGGACCCAUAUGUUGCAGAAGAAAACAUUUGAGCGUCUGAAUUGUGUCAAGGACUGAAAAGGGCAUACAUUUUUUUCUUCUCUUAAGUACAACACACAAUUCAGCUUGCACAAAAGUAAAAGAAAACUAACUGCAUUUUACAUGUAAACAUUUGAAGCCACUGAUUGAAGAACAAAUGUCAGGGAAAUAUACCUGAGAAAAUAUUCAAAAUCAGUGGAGAUAAAAUGAUUGAGUCCAAAAUUGAUUAAACUUGAGAGUAUUGCUAGUAUUGCAUCAAAAAGCUGGUCAGUCAUGUUGAGAUUUCACUCCAGCAGGCUGUUGCAGACGAGUGACAUUCAGUUUGAACCUACUGAUUUUGUUGCAGAGCUCUCCUUAUGUGUUUUUAGUUCCAGGGGAAUAUGACCUCUGAUCUUUUCUGGAUUAACAAUGUAAGAUAGGAAAUGUAUUAGUGUCUACUAAGGUCAUUAUCUGCAGCAGUAAUUCUUUGAAUUUUGUUUUUAUGCGGAUGCCAAACCCCUGGUGACUGGCUUCCUUUUGUAAAAUAGGCAGAACUCUAACAGAUCUGGCUCACCUGGUCAUUGCAUAUGAAUUGAGACACUGUUCAUUCAUUUUAAUGGGUGGCCUACACUGAUGAAGUAUUUCAGGAUAGUCUGGGCUUAUUUAGAUGCAGGGUUCACAGCCUGGUCCAUUGAUGACAUUAAUCCAAAUCAAAUGAUGCACAUGCAGCAGCAGCAGACUGAAGUGAUGAACAUUUCCCUGAAAUUUCCCUGUGGGCAGCCUAAUGGCUCUGUUCUCUGUAGGAACAAAGAGGUCAGCAUGUGCCACUGUGAUUGAAGGCACGGGAUUAGAAACUAAGAAGAUGACUACAGAUGAGCAGUGAGCUUUUAAAUCCGAAUGAUGAUGAUUUUUUUACACUGAUCAUGGCACAGACACUUGCAUGUGUGAGCUGCAGUGACAGGUUUAUUAAAACUUUUCACUGAUAUAUAUGAGAAGGUUUUGACAUCUGCUCAAAGAUCACAUGUCCUUUGCAAGAAAAGUUCAUCCAUUUGUGAACGCUGAUGUUUUGCACAUGGACUGCAGCAUGCGCCUGUUUCUGUGGCUGCCUGUUGCAACAUAAUGUGUGCUAAUUGUGCUUUACGUUCAUGUCUGAUGGAGCCGUGUGACCACAGACAGGCUCUGUGCAUUACAAGAUGAGAAGAGAUUAGAGCACAGUGGGUUAAUCUUUAGGCCUGCCAUCUGCCGGGACGUUGAGAAUUAAAGCUGAAGCUGCAGCCUCAACCAUCAACAUACACAAGUCACCUGACAGGUGAUCUUUUUGAGUGGAUAUCCUGCGUGGACAUCAGGUGAAAGUUCUGCAUACUAACCUCUAUUGGGAAAUAACUUGGAAGUCUAGACACAUUAGGUUUCCAAUCUUGAAGAGCAGUAUGGGAAUUUGUCUGCAGCAAGAGGCUGAUGAUCUUUAAUAACUCACCUUUUAUGUUCAAAUAAAUGCAGCUGCAUUUUAUUCUGUUUUGUUUUUCUGGAAGCGUGACUCCAAGCAGAGCUCACUCUACAGUGUUAAGUGUGUUUGUGUGUACGCUGCUGUGCACUCAAUGCUCUACUUGUACCUCACAGAUUAUAAUGUAGAUUUAUUGUCUGAAUUAAUGUAAAUCCUCUUGCAUGCGACAUGCCUUAAUACUGUGUAUAAGCACUGUACAAUAGUUGUGUUUGUAUACUUGACAUAUUAGGUUAUUCUGUGCUGCAAAAUAGUGCAGAUUUAAAUUACAUUCACACUGCAAAUCGGUCGCCUCUGUUGAUGUUUUUAAUCUGCAAUCUUGACAAAAAGAAUGUAAAGAUUUUAUGUUUUCUGAGUCGCGGUUAAUAAAUUAUUACCACAUGGUAGAUUUUGAUACAAACUGUUUAAUUCAUUUUUUAAAGGACAAGAAAUUAGACAACUGGCUCACUUGAAGCCCAUAACUUUUAAUCUUAUCCAUAAAAAUAUUUUAAGUCUAACUUCUAGAAAACGUAAAUAUAUAAAACAACCAAACCCUUGAAUGGAGUCUGUAGAGUUUCUGUCUUGGUAAAAUGUGGGCCCAAAAAGAUAAUAUUAUAUGACAUUUGUUUACAAGAGCUAAAAUAAUAUAACCAGACAAGAUGAUACACCACAAGCCAGAUUCAGAGGAUUCAGAGGAAAAUAUUGAAUUAGGGUUCAAUCUCAGAGAUUCAGUUGAAACAAACUGACUUUUGAGAUAAGAUUGUAUCUGUCUGAAUAUUUUGUUAGCCAAUGUCAGUAAUCGAGAUUCCUUAGUGUCCACAAAUCAGCCUUAUGAUCUACGACUAUAACAUCCGAACAGGAAUUAUAAUCUCAUCAGAUCAUUCACUGCUACCAUCUACAUCAUCCUCUGUUUUAUGAUUAUCCUAUUAAUUGAGUAAAAAGUGGAUAUAUUUUUUCCUUUUUCUAAUGCAACAGAUGGUUAUAGAGUGCAUAGCAGAUGGCGCUGUAAAAAAAAAUAUGACCAGUACAGCAGCGAUGGGAUUCUGCAUCCGUUUAAUCUCUCUUCUUUGAUCCAUUGCAGAGUUGGUCACCACAUUUGAUGUUUAAAUGUUAUCACUAAUGCUACAUCCCAGGGUUUACAUUUAUUUUAACACAUUGAUUACAUGAAUUCUUACAGAGCACCUAAGGUUCUGCAAAAGUAAUCAAGGGUUCACACAGUUAAAGGGUAAAAUUUAGAUAAAGAAAACAUCCUAAUAACAAGGUUUAUAUGGACAUGACAUGUUCAUUAUAACAUAAUUAUUGGUGUAGGUAAGGUGUUGAGAACCAAACUGUUUUAUUUAUCUGUUGUGUUUAAUGAUAUUAUCCAUUAAGUGUAAAUCUGGGGUAUGUUGUCGUACUUGGAUUGACAGGGCCCACGAGUGGCUCUUAAGAUGUGUCAUUGGAUUAGCAUGUGAGCAUCUGCCUUUCGCCUUCUCCAGUCACACACAUACACCUCACGGGCUGGGUCUCAUGAUCAGGUGUCUCGACAGAGCCGUCUUCAUGGUGCGCUUUCAUGACUUCAUUCUUUAGGAUGAAGAAUGUAAAGAUUUUACAUUUGCCACUGCUGUUUGUGUUUGUGUUUGUGAAUGCCUGCUUUGGUAAGUUUGACCUCUUUCUUCCUUGGUCAUAGUUGAAUCUUUGCUGGGAUAAGUUUUUAAAUGCUGUUCAGAUAUAUGAGACUGAAGCUCCUCUUGUGAAUUCUUUUCUCUAUUGAUUUGAGCUCUUGUCUGGUCCAGUUAGUUGCUCUUUGUGCUUGAGAUGGUACUCUGAAUGUUUGUUGUCAUCAUACAUUAUCCAUUGACUUCCAGCCUGUUUGAUAUAUAUGGCUCUAAAUGUAAAUGUGAAACAUUUAUAGCUAUACUCAGAAUAUGGAUCACCUUUAAUUUAAAGUUAAGAACAGUUUCUGCCACGACAGAUCUCAGGUCUAUGUUUAGAAAGGUUGUCUUAGAGGUUGACGUAACACACCUGUAAUCCCAGUUAAAGCUAGUGAGUGAGCACUGUACGGCCAUCUUGCUGUAUGUCACCAGGUUUAAAAACAUAUCUGUUUGACGUAGCUUAUUUAAGUUUAAGAAAAGCUUUUGUCACCUUUUUCUUUUUUGUAUUGGUGCAAAAAUAUGGCCCAAUAAUAGCAAAAAUUUGGUUUUGUGGGUGGCCUUGCAGGCAUCUACUGUAGGCUGUUGAUAACUCACCCUUUACUCAAAGACAUCAACUAAAUGUGUGUCUAAAUGCUGAUUUGUGUUGCAAUAUCCUCCCUCAGGACACACAAGCUAGCUACCCACUGAGCAAUAGACGGCUAUUAGAUGUCUAGUUAUUUUUUAGACCUAAUUUCAACUGUCUAGAUUCUGUAUAUCUGUAGACGGAAUUUAGACGGUGCACUUUAGCCCGCUAUUUAAUAAGUAUUUAUUUUAAAAAGCAACUGUGAGUUGCAUAACUGAUCUCCAAGUACUAAACCAAAAUUAUUAUGAUAGCCGUUGAGCAAUAUACUGGUGGACCUCUGUUAGCAGGCUAGUCUAAACUCAAACAAAUUUAGACGUCUGAAAACUUUCAUUUUUAGACCUGUGGUAGCCUGAUUUUAGACCAGUCGUCUAGACUACAUUUAGACGUCUAUUAGACCUCUUUUAGACCAAAAAAUGCUCAGUGGGUAGCAGCUCUGCAACACCACUUAUUUAGCAUAACUGACUAAUUUUGACCAUAUAGAACAAAUAGCUAUAUAACAAGCCCGCCCCCAUCUCUCUGCUUAUACAGAGAACAUGUAAACAAGUAGAUCAAUAUUUAGCACUCAGUUUGCUGUUUAAUGUGAGCCAAAAAUAAAGGAACCAAAUGGACUUAGCCUAAUUUAGCUGACAUAAGCAAACAUUAGCUGCCAAGGCUGUGUUACUGCUUUUCUUGACGCUUAUAGUGUCACUUAAGAGUGAAACUAAAAGCAUUUAAUCAUAUGUUAUUGUCUCUUCUCAGCACAAGCGGACUUUGCCCCUUAUUUCUACGACAAUGGACCAUACAGCCGAAAUGGAAACCUGGCACUGUUCAGUCUCUCUGAGGACACGGCUGUCGGUGAGGUCAACUUUAGACGUUAAGUGUAAACAGCAAACAGGCAGCCAGAGGACACAAUUAACAGUUACCUAGAUUUGGUUGCCAGUAUCUGUAAGCAUAGAGAGGUAAACAGCCUUUGGAGGAAAAACAGAUGUUGAAUGGCAUUGUAAAAAUCGGCUGGAGCCACCUGUUGAAUGUGAAGAUAGUUUGCUGGUUUUGAAUGUGGUGCAGCUGUCUCUUUAUACCUUCAGUCACUCACAUCAUGAUCAUGUUUUUAUUUACACAUUUGGGUAGCCAACUUGACAAUAUUAUGGCAUCCUCUUUCAGGCACACAGAUCUAUUCUCUCAAUGGCACAGACCCUGAAGGUCAGGAGGUGAGCUACGGUCUUUCCUUUGACCCCGGGUCCAAAGAGUUCUUCACUGUCGACCCUGUAUCUGGAAACAUCACCUUAGUGGAACCCCUGGACCGAGAGGUAAACUCAACAUUAACUCUAUUUUUUUAAAUAACCCAACUUGAAGCACGAUAACCCUUAUUUACAAAACUGAAUGAAGUAAAUUUCUCUGUUGUUUUAACUGUUUUAUCCAGAAACAGGAUUCUAUUGAUGUCCUUGUCAGCAUCAGCGAUGGGAGAAGCAAGGUAAGAUCCAGUCUGAUGUCCUUUUAUGCCAUUUAAUGCCAAACCUUUCAAAUGCACCUCUGAGAUAAAGAUGUUUUAUAAGUUUUAUCAUUUGAACCUUCAUCCUGAUCUUUUUAGGUUGUUGAAAGAGUCACAAUAUUUGUCAUGGAUGCAAAUGAUGAAAAACCAGAAUUCCAAAACAUGCCGACUUUUAUCAACGUCCUGGAAGUAAGUCAUGUAAAAGUGUGUGCCUGUGUGUAAAAUCAUGAGCGUCAGUGUAUAAACCUACAAAAGCAUACCUGUCAUGACUCAAUUUGUUUUCUUUUUUUCACACUUUAGACAACAGAAUCUGGCAGCAGCAUCUAUAAAGCAGAAGCAAUUGACAGGGACACAGGCUCAGGCGGUUCAGUCACCUUUUACCUCCAGGUAUCAUUUCUGUUUUAAAUAAAUUCAUUGUCCACAUGGAUACAGCUAAUUUUAAAUAUCACUUAUGCAAGAAACCUCCUCCAUUUAAAUGUGGUUCUGCGUGCGAUGAAAAUAAGCUAUAGAUUUGCAAAUGAUAAUAUUAACAUUAGUAAUAAUUUUCUCGUGCUCACGUGUGCAUUUAUGCAUGUGCCUGGAUAUACUGGUGUAGUUAUGAGAAUUGGGAUUAUAUCACAAUUACAUUUGUCAGCCUACACUGGAGGCUUAGAGGGCCGCUACGGCAGGACCUGGCAGCGAAUGUUAGUUUGCACUUUGGACUAUUAGGACCAGAGAACAGCUGGCGUGGAGUGACAGUGACGGGUGAUUUACGCACAUCUGGAUACUGCAGCUUUCACCUGCCUGCCCUGUCCUGUCCUUUACGUCCAGAUGGACAAAGAAAUAGGCCUCACUCAAGUAGCUACUGAGUGUUUUUUUAUGCAGUUAUGACCACCUCUGGUGAUGUCUCUCAUGCGAGGUGGUAAAUGUGGUUCAGCGACACCGACUUUACUAAUGUGACCUUACAUGUCUCUUUUAAAACCCUGCUUAUGUCCUGCUCUCUGUUACAGAAUCCUCUGUCCGCUUUGUUUACCAUCGACAGACACAGUGGUGUCCUCCGUCUAAAGCAGGGGGAAAUGUUGGACUAUGAAAAAACAAAGACACACUUUGUCACUAUCAUUGCAAAGGUAAUGGGUGAACCGAAACUCCGUUAACAUUUAUGUCAGUCUAGAAUAAGAGUUCUACCCUGAUUUAAAAUUUCUAGACUUUUAGAUUGAUGGCAACGUACCACAAAUAGUUGAAAAAUAUAAUCAUUGUUGAGGAAAAUAUUUCAGGAAGACAUGAAAAUGAUUCAAUGUUUAAUCAGAGAGGAAAUAUAUUCAAGACAUUUGGUUUGUCUUAAGGAGAAGAUGUGACGAAGAGUUGAAGUAAACAUGAAUUUGAUGUUUCAAAAGUGCAACUUAAAGCAGUGGUUCUCAAAUCCAGUUCUCGAGGCCCACUGUCCUGCAUGUUUUGGAUGUUUCCCUGCUCAAACACACCUGAUUCAAAUGAUCAGCUCGUUAUUAAGCCAUUACAGAGCUUGAUAAUGAGCUGAUCAUUUGAAUCAGGUGUGUUGGAGCAGGAAAACAUCCAAAACAUGAAGGACAGUGGGCCUCGAGGACUGGAUCUGAGAACCACUGCUUUAAAGAAUUAUCCGAUAAAAAGUCACUCUGUGUAGGAGGGAUCCUUCCUUUAAAAUGUGAGUGGUUGGAGUCUGAGAUAGUGGUUGUCAUUUGCACAGUCCAUUAUAAAUGUGUUAACAGGAUUUACUAAACAUAAAAAAAGGUUUUGAAAUGUUGUUUUAAAGCACUGAUUUCUUUUGUUCCAGGACGGGGGUGGAAAUUUCAACGGCAGAGAGCAGUUUUUGACCUCAUCUGCGACCCUGACUAUUAAUGUGAUAGACGUACAGGACACGCCGCCAGUCUUUAUUGGGACACCUUAUUUUGGCUAUGUUUAUGAAGUCUCCGUGCCAGUAAGUGUGACAACGUCAUAGGUGACCUCUUGCUUAAGACAUAUGUUAAUAGAUCUCUUUUUAACUGGUAACCUUAAACUUCCUUUGUGAGGUAUAAGGUUUCAUAGUUUAUAACACUGACAGCAAUACCAUCAGGAGGGAACAUCACAUCGAAUCAUCAGAGUUUAAAGCAAAGUACUACCGUUGAGUUUUUUUGGAAACAGUAUUAAAAAAAGAACUAACACACGAGCCUGAAUCCAAGUCAGCCGUGUCUCAUAUCACUUAGGUUUAAUUUGUGACAUUUCAGAUUAAUGCUGCUCGUAUCAAAGCUUCUUUCUCAGAGGGGAUGAAAGACACAUUAUCUCCUCAGGCACAAAAUGUCACCACAGCAGCAGGUCAUUGCAGAAGGAUUGACUGACUUUCAUCUAAAUGGAAAUAAAUUAGGAAGAUGACAUUUCGGGUAUCUCUGAAGACUCAUUUGAGGGCUAUUAUGCAGGGUUUUGGUGAGCUGUUUGCCAGCUACACGUUAACGCAAUACAUACAUUGGGUCAUUUUAUUAUUAUUUUUAUUGUUGUUGUUGUUGUUGUUGUUGUUGUUGUUAUUGGCUUUGUGACCUUUAUCUUCUAUUUGAGGUGUUUUGGAAAGUCUUAAUUUUUGCUUCUUCUUUUUUUAAAUCUCAGGGAUCAGAAAUAUUUAUUGUUGAAGCCAAAGAUGGUGAUGUUGGAAACCCAAAUCCAAUCCAGUAUUCCUUUGAAGAGGGUAAGCACUGAGUCAAAAGAGAUAAAUGUAAUUCUGAAAGAAUCAACAGUGCGCUCAUCACUGUUUCUGUUACAGGCGACGAUGGUGUUUUCACCAUCAAUAAAACCAGUGGUUUGAUCAAACUCCUGACUAUGCCCGUGUUUCUGAAGAGAGAAAUAUUUAACAUUAAAGUAAAGGUAAGUUGUAUCAGUUUUGAUGCUGUCUCGUGUGUAUGUUAAAAAUGUUGACUCCGACUUAGUUUUUGCUUGUUAACUCAAGCAAAAGGGUGGAUUAGUUGAAAUUAUCAUAAAAAAGAUAAGGUACUAGAAUGCACCCUCCCAAACAGGUUUUAUGAAUGAAGAAAUAUGAGACCAAAUAAUUAUCAAAAGAUUGUAACCUGAUAAUUUCUGCAAAAAAAGGCUCUUUUAAUAUGAAGCCCAAUGGGGAUCUUUGAUUUCUCGAACCAGCAUCUAGUGGACACUUGAGGAACUGCAGUUUUUUGUACUUCCCCUGUGUGUGGCUGUAUUUUAACACCGUAGGCCGCUGCUUUUUGGGCCUGUUAGAUAAAGUACGCCUCUCCACAGUGAAGUGUCAGGUGGGUCUUACCGCCAUGACUUGUCUCCCCAUGUGUCCAGGCAUCAGAGGUGAGUCCUGAGGGCAAACUCCUGGACUAUGAAGUGACCACGGUGGUGAUCCGUGUGGUGGACCUGAACAAUAAUCCUCCCACUUUCUAUGGAGAAAAAGGACGACAGAACAUUUUUGAGUUAACCAUGUAUGAGCAUCCACCAGAGGGAGAGAUACUGCGAGGGCUGAGAAUCACUGUCAACGACUCUGAUCAGGUGAGUUGUUACGGUUGUUAUAUUAGCAAUGCUGCAUAUCAUUACAAUAACAUAACAUUUCAAAGAUGCCAUUGUUAACUAGAGAAGAGGAACUGUAAUUGCUAUUGUAUAGACCGACUCAUCUUUACAUUUUUGUCCUACAAGUAACAGAUUUAAUCAGCCCUCAUAGCCGCACAGCUUUUUUUAGGCUGCCGUCUGCCUGUCUGUCUAUGAAUGACUCUAAGCCGCCUGUUAUUAAAGACAAUCCUUUUAAAAUUGAAAAAUCCAACACAAAUGAAAAGGUCCUCUAUAACUAUGCCAUUUGUCGGCUUAUGCAAGUCUCUCUCUCUCUCUGUUUCCAGCUCCUUGUUUCACUCUCGUCCAAAUGGCUCAUGUUCACCAAAUGUGUUUGCUGAUAAUACUGUUACAACAUCAGAGCGUGCUCUUUAGUCCUGUAACAUUAUGUUGUUCUAAGAAUAUCACUACUGCCACUGAUAUCCCAUUGAUAUCUUGUACAUUACUGUAUUAAUGAAAACAAACAAAGCUUUUAUAGUAAUUGAACGGACUGUAUUUCUCAUGGAUUAUUCUGCAUGUAUUUGCGAUAUCUUUAUGACGCAUGCAGAUGACUAUGAAUAGGUUCCUGCAUGUAACAUAACAUAACUCCAUGGCAUUUGCACUAAUGAGAAACUCUGAUUAUGAUGAUUUAUGUUUUUUUUCAUGCAGGGUGCUAAUGCUAAAUUCAAUCUGAGACUGAUUGGACCAGGAAGGAUGCUACGAGUCGUCCCUCAGACUGUCCUCAAUGAGGCCCAAGUCACCAUCUUAGUGGAAGAUUCUGCUGCGAUGGACUAUGAGAAACACCAUUUUCUCACCUAUAAGGUUAACUAAUACCACUAUGAUGGCACUGCAGCAAUUUAAAAUGGGAUUACAAAUCUCAGACUCUAACUUUUCCAACAAAUCAUAGCUUUGGCUCGUUUUAUUGACUUUAAUCUUUCUCUUCUUUAGCUACUUGCAGUUGAAAUUGAUACACCUGAGAGAUUCAGUGCCACAGCUGACAUCGUCAUCCAUCUUUUGGACACCAACGACAAUGCUCCUAAAUUCUCCUCGGAUUACUACAUCGCCAGAAUUCCAGAAAACUCCCCGGGCGGCUCCAAUGUGGUGUCAGUCACGGUGAGAGAGUCCUCAUUCUGUCUAAAAAUACAUGCCAUCACCACAAACGUCACUUUGGUUUCAACAAAAUGCCCAUUAAUUCCCCAAAUGUAGUUUUUUAGGCAGUGGGGGUUGGGAUAAUAUGGUAAAAGAUGUAGAUAAAAGCUAGGCGAGGUAAGCUGCCAGAUGGCUAUCACUUUCAUUUUGUUGUGUAACACAAAAUUCCCAGAUUUUUUUUUUCUCCUAAUGCUUUGCUGCACAUGCAGCUGCAGCAGAGGAAUAUGUGCAGAAGGAAAUGAGCAUAGACACAUAAAAAGAGAAACUGAGGGAUAAGAGAAGUAUAGACAGACAUAGAGAGAAGUAUAUUCACAUAGAUGCAGAGCUUCAAAGAUAGAAAAAGAAAGAAAUAGACGAUUCAUCAUCUUCUUCUGGUUGCAGAGGCUCAGGGCAACACAGGAGGCUCCCUAAUAAAUCCUGCACUUGCGUGAACACCACAGAGGCUCGUUCCUUUGAUCCCAGGCAAUUUCAAUCAGAUAAAAGAACAGCCUACAAGCGACCUUGGACACAUGUAGACAGCAAACAGGCAUCCCAGCAGCAACAGACAGACAGACAGAUUAGCUGAUGUCUGUGAUGAUGUUGCUAUGACAUCAAAAAUCAGUCUUUUUAUAGCUGACCUCUGUAACAUCAUGUUCCAGCACGGCACCGAUUCAGUCAGUUUACUUCACAGUCAAGGAGAGCGAGCAGGUCUCUUUUCUGAGUAAACUUGGUGGUAAAAAAAACACAAACAGAACAAAUUUCUGUAUUUUGAGGGUGUCUGAGGGAGAAAGUAAAAAUAGAGGCAGACAAAAUUUGCAAUACUGGAAACUAGCCCGAAUUUUAAGACCACAUUUUGCACCAAAAAUUUGCACAAAUGUCCUAUUAUAACUUAUGCUACUGCUACAACCACAGCUUUGACAUAUUUACUAUCUCUUUUCAAAACAUAAUUUCUUGUUUGUCUGUCUCUGUUGUUCCACAGGCAACAGACCCAGACUCAGGACCUUGGGGUGAUGUGCAGUAUUCCAUCUAUGGAUCAGGGGCUGAAUUGUGAGUAUGAGAUUUAACUUGAUCCAAAAGGGACCCGGCACUGUUUUUAAUUUCCUCUUGUCCUCCUGGGUUUAUCAUUUAAUAUACAGUAGAUAUUUAACUUCAAAACUGUAGCCAAAAUACACCUCUAAAUAAUCAGUGUCAGGCAUUCACUUAUUCAUGCUUAAUCAGACUUGUUCCAACCUCAUGACAGGACAAUCUGAAGAUAUUUCUUUGAUUAUUUUUUAGUGUUUUGCUCAAGAAAAAAGUCCUUUGUAAAUUCCACCCAAAUAUUGUUUUUAAUAUGCUGCUCCCUUUUGUCUCCUCUUUUUUGAGAUCACAGCAGGGUGGAGUUGCCGCAAGUUAGAACUGAAACACUCGCCUGUCACUAAUAAACACAAAUCAUCACAAGGUCGAAGCAUCAUAAGAAAAGUCUUCAAUUAAAACUAGGUGUAAAUUCCUGGCAGAAAAUAUGUCCUCAACUGAAUUUGACAUUUUAACCGUUCCUCUGUGUAUUAAAAUGAGAGACGCACAUCUGCCUUAAAGCUGCGCAGAAAUCUGACAGCAGACUUGUUUUUCAUAUUUGAACUCAGUUCUGUUUAUUGCACCUAAGCCCUGUAGUCCCUCAGAGGAUUUGCCGGUAUUUUCUCUCAGCUCGAUUUUUAUUACAUUUCCAGCAGAAGUCUAACCUCUGAGAGAAAGGCUUGGUCGUCACUGCUCUUCAUGAGCUAUAAUAACGCACAGUGCAGCUGCAGCGUUCUUUUCUUAAACAUCAGGGCAGUCAGAGUCCUGAAGAUACAGAGUCAGCACCUAAGACUUUUAAAAAUAAUGAUACUUAAUGCAGAAUAAGAUUUCUUUUUUCCUGUUAAAUUGCUAUCUGCAUUUAUAACAUGACCAGAAACAUGGAUUUAGAAGCAUUUUGAGCUGCAAAGCAAAAUAAAACAUGAACUGAUGGUGUGCAGAGCCAGUGUAAACAGACAGGUGUUUGUGACAUUUCAAACAUCUCAAAGCUGUUCCUGAUGAACCACCUGUUUUGUCUGCUGUAAUGAGUAAAAAAAACCAGAAUAUUUUUGGACCUCUCAGUCCAGAUUUUGAUCUCUGUGGUGAUGAAUUAGAGGAGAUAUGAGAUGUCACGUGGUGUGCAGGGGAAGGAUUUCCAAAAUAAGCAGAGGAGGGAGAUUUGGAGUGUGCACUUGUUUGGUUAAAACCAUUUGGAAACAUUUUCACUCCAAAAGACCUUUUUUUUUUAACAUGAUUUUUGUUACAAAGCCAAAAUAUAACCAUGCAUUUACUUCUGCUGACAUGGAUGUAUGACUUUACACUCUUUAUUCAAACACACCUUUAAGAGUUGUUCAGAGGAGCAUGUUGUCCUGAUCUUUGCCUGCUCGCCCUCUGUCUUUCCUCUAAUCCUUUAAUGGGAUUGGAGGAGAAAAUAGACUGCUCUCUGCUUCUGACUACUUUGCACUGGGACAAAGUCAGUGUCGAGUAACUUCACAUUUCAGCUGGUGAAAUUAUAUAAGCCCACCCCCCUCUGUACGUGAAGGGUUCAACCUUUGGUGGCUAACAUUAACUGAAAAUGGAUAAGAGUUUAAUCCUUGAGGGAAAAAGUAAAAAAAAAAAAUCUAUUUUUGAAUCUCAGAUGAGAAAAAUAACUCUUUUAUAUCUUUGUAAUGUUAUGUAUGGGCUUAGGGACAGCAGCUAAUUAGCUUAGCCUAGCAUCAAAGGGAAUAAUAGUGUUAAGUUCAAACACUGCCUUCAACCCUUUGUAGAUUCAGGUGUCUGUCGCUGUAACUACUUUUAACAAACAGCACUUAAUCCACGCGCCCUGAAUGCUACAUCUGUGCAGAGUUGUGCAGCACAUGUUGUUUACAACCUCUCCAUCAAGACCAGACUCUGCACCAGCUGCUGUCUGCCUGCACAUCAACCCAUUUUUGUUUUUUCAGUUCUGCUGUAGCAUGAAAACAACAUAAUGGUGACUUAAAAGGUUGUGUAAUUUGACUUUGAGGACAGUCAGACUAGUUUCAGUGGAAUUAAAGCCCCCUAAACUGUAGCUGUGCGCUCAGAAGAUUCGUCAAAAACUCUUACUCUGACUUGUUAACUCAAAAUCUUAAAAUGUUUACUUCCAGCUUCUUCAACCUCAUGUUUCCUGUCUCUCAGCUGUUCCUUCUAAUAAAAGAGACAAAAAAUAGCCCACACAGAAAGAAAAAACAAAGUUUUCCACAUAACUAUCAGUACAAGUGGAAAAUACUAUGUGGAAAGCAUGCUACUGUAUUGCAGAGAUAAGUUCAUUCUGAUUUACUUUUCCCAAAUUGAUUGAAUUUUUUUACAGGUUCCUAAUCCAGCCCUCAUCUGGCAUCAUCUACACCCAGCCAUGGGCGAGCCUGGAUGCCGAGGUGAGGUCCAAAUAUAACUUCUAUGUGAAGGCGGAGGACUCGGAGGGAAAGUACAGCCUGGCGGAGGUCUUUGUGACUGUGUUGGAUCUUAAUGACCAUCCACCUGCUUUCAAUGAAAACUUCCUCGAGACGACUAUGGUGAUUGGAGCACCAGUGAAAAUCGAGGUAUUAGAGUUAUAACAGAUAAUGUGGCACUCACAAUGACUUCAAAAACUAUCUUUACUGUAAUUAAACCAUGUCCAUCUACAGGCAAUCGACGAUGACGCAGAAGUGCCCAACAAUGUCAUCGAGUACGCCAUCAUGAAAGCCGAGCCGGACAACAACAUCUUUGAUAUAAACGCCGACACGGGAGAGAUCAUGCUGAAGUCUUACAUCAAGUCUAUGGCCAUCAUUAAGAACAUUACCAAGAAGAAUGAGUUCUCCUGGUCUCUGGUGGUGCAGGCUCGAGACCGCGGCCAGCCGUCCUUCAGCACCACCGCAGUCGUCAAGAUCGACAUCACUGAAGCUGUAAGUAUGGAGAAGGUAGAUGAUAAACUGUGUGUUAGUUAAAUCCAUGUAAGAGUUUAUUAGUUAUAUAAGAUAUGAAAAAAUAGAUCAAGUACAAGAAAACAACUUCAGGUUGGAACCACUUGGGGUUGGAUCUAGUAAACUGUAGCUCUCCAAUCAGCUCCACAGCACUAGUAUUUGGAGCUAGAGCUGCUUUUUUUUCUUUAGUACAUCUUUAUUGAAAUAGUGACUUUUUUUGCACCCUAAAAGAUUUAAAGCUUAAAACCUUGUGGACCUUUUUUUUUUUCCUCUGGGAAUAUUUGCAGCACAAGUUUUGCAAGUUGCAAGAGUAUCAUCCCUGCAGAAGCAUGUUGUAUUUACAUGAGAAAAAAUACUGUGUGCCGUUUUCCUGAAUUAACGAUAUAAUUAUCUGAUUGAUGCAAAAAAACAGAAAAAUGUUCAAAAUGAUUCUGUACAUCUUUCUCAGAAACAGAGAAAAACUUACACAAGGGUGACGCUUUCAAUCUCUUGCCACCUUGUUGCAGCUGCAUUUGUUCGCCUUCUCUUUACACAAUGGCAGAUCUCGUACCAUCACCCACUGUCAGAGUUUGUGGGCCUGUUUAUAAGAAAAUGAAAGCAACUUUUAUCAUAUAAUAAAAAUAAUAAAUGCUAGAAUAUAUUUCCGAUGUAGGUUGUGCACCUCUGGUUGACACUUCCGAUCAUUUCUAGGACUAGCUUUACUCAGGGUUAAUUCUAGCUGUAUGGGUAGCAAUAAAAUGUGUAGUCAUAGCAACCUGAAUCUCACACAGAUGCAAUUGUCAUGUUUUCAGAUCAAAUCCAGAUUUUUCUCAUACUUCUUGGACCUCAGGAAACAUCCCGAGUCUGUGUUUUGGAUUUGUUUGACUCUUGUGGUCCUGGCCAUUUCGAUCACAAUCUUCAUUUCCACUCUUAUGUACUGGUCGUCUGUGAAAAAGUCCCGCAUACAGUCUCAGGGCAAGAUCAGAAAGAUUAUCAGGAGGCCUGCGCCCUAAGUGAAGUUUGCCUGGAGACCAUCAGCACAGCACACAAGUGCUGUUUUUACUCUAUGGUAACAAGAAUUAUAGCUAAUUAUUUCACUUAAAAAUGUGGUAGAACAAGACCGUGUCUGUAAAAGAGUACUGGAGCACAAUAUAAAUUGUCUGAUAAACAUCCUCCCAUGCUUUAAAAAUUAAAUCAUCUAUAUAUUACUCCCUUGGGCACUGGAUGGCCUCAGCAAAGGUUUCCAAACUAACCUCUCUGAUCUUGUCUUGACAAACUAAAACAUUGGAGCAUCUAAUUCAAAUACCGCCAGCUUUCUCAGAGUGUUUUAUGUGCAAGACAUCAACCAAAAAACCUCCAGAUUUGAAGAUUUUGUUUCUUGAUAAACAGUAUCAUAGAUUCUCACACUUGUGGAUUUGAUUCCACACAUGCCAACUCUGGGGGAAUGAUGAAUAUAUGCAUUACUUUAUCAAAUACACUACAGCAUUUGAUAUUGUGUGUCAGAUUUUGACCUCAGCCCCAUGGAUUUAUAUUCUCCCUGUGCUCUUUUACAGACCCAACUCAGUGGGGGGCCUUUGGGAUCAUUUUUGAUGCAGAGUAGGAACAAGCCCUUACAAAUCGUAGGCAUUCUUGCUGGUGUCAUUAGUCUCAUGGUCAUACUCACAGUCAUCAUCUCCACGGCAACAUUCAUGCGCAACAAAAAGUCCAACCGGAUCCUGCCGAACCGGCGCGUCAGGAGGAGACAGAGAAACCAGCCUUGGAACUUCAAAAACCCCUUUAAGAAACCAGAAAACCCAGGACAGAAAUUCAAAGUGCAGGAGGUGGAGCACGAGGUGGAGGUCGCCGUGGAGAACGCCAACUACAACAACAACGUUGGUAAUGUUGUCAGACAAUGGCCCCCUCCUCCACCGCCCUGCGCCCCAUCACUGCCCCCUCCUCCACCACCUUCCUACCCGGGCGAGAGGCACUGGGCGGUGCCCACCGUCUCAGCAGCAGUGGCAGUAAGACCUAAAAAGAGGCCGGUGACACUCAGGAGGGACACUGUGAACAAUGCACUGGUGUCAGAGCUCAAGAUGAGGCUGGAGCAGAAGAGGAUGCAGAACCAUCAGUAA